GGCUAAUCAGUUUUGAGGAAAGUCUCCUGUGCCCCGCCCGUUCCCGUUCUUUGCUGGCUGAAUAAUCUCUGUCGAGCUCUUGAUGUCAUCCAUUUCUGGGAGACUGCAGCAUCUAUAUAAACCUCAAAGCAAGAAGCAUUGAUCGAGGGCCACAACAUAUAGUCAAUUCCACACUAACCAUACACACUGCAAGAUGGCUCCCAAGGUUCUCGUUGUCCUCACCUCUCAGGACCACUUCCCUGCUAACAACCACCCCACCGGUUGGUAUCUGCCCGAGUUCGCCCACCCCUGGGAAGUUCUCCAUGAGAAGGCUGAGCUGGUCAUCGCCUCCCCCAAGGGUGGCAAGGCCCCUCUCGACCCCAGCUCCGUGAAGAUGUUCGAGAACGACCCCUCCUCGACCAAGUUCCUGAAGGAGCAGGAGGCUCUCUGGACCAACACCGUCAAGCUGUCCGAUGUCGCCUCCAAGGUCUCCGAGUUUGAUGCCAUCUUCUACGUGGGUGGCCACGGACCGAUGUACGAUCUGCACAGCGAUAAGACGUCCCUGGCUCUGAUCCAGGAGUUCGCUGCUGCCAAGAAGCCCGUCGCUGCCGUCUGCCACGGCCCUGCUGUGCUGGUUAACGCGACUACCCCCUCCGGCGAGCCUCUGCUUGCUGGUGCGGAGGUCACCGGUUUCUCCAACACCGAGGAGGACCAGGUCGGCCUCAGCCCCAUCAUGCCUUUCAUGCUGGAGACUGAGCUGAACCGCGUCUCCGGCGGCAAGUACGUCAAGGCCGAUGAGCCCUGGGGCGAGAAGGUUGUUACCUCCCAGGUCGCUGGUCUUGGUGGCGUUGUCAUCACCGGCCAAAACCCGGCCAGUGCUACUGGUGUUGGAAAGGCAAUCCUCAGUGCUCUGGGAUUGUAAUUGAUCUGAUGUAUGAAAUGAUACCUAGAUAUGCCGACCUGAUAAGUCUAAUUAGUGAUUAAUAUACAUCUUCCGUUCGCG